AUGAUUAGAUGGUUAGGAGCAGUCGUCGACGUGUUUCAACACUUUCCCGCAUGCCAGGAGAUCGACCAAAUCAAUCCACCGCAGUUGUUUCAACCGAUCGAUGUCUGCCUUGAGUCACCCGCUUCUUCGUCUUCUUCUGUAACCGUUACUGGUCAGAUCGAAUACAGGGACCGUGCUGUCGACUGCCAAAAUGCCACCUCCGAACAGCCGUCCGUUAUCCUUUGCGACAAUACCUGCUCGACUGACGCAGGGUCAGCUGCCUCUUUGAAACCGUCGCCUGUCGAAGAAAUCAAAAAUUGCCAUAGUUCUCACGUGGCACUUCCAAGUUCGAUCGCUGACUAUGAAAAAAAGAAAUGCGAUAAGCAAGAGACCGUCUCUGCCGUCAAACCUCCCUACAGUUACGCUCAGCUGAUUGUUCAGGCGAUUUCAGGUUCUUCUGACAAACAGCUGACUUUGAGUGGCAUCUACGCGUACAUUACCAAGAACUAUCCCUAUUACCGUAACUGUGAUAAGGGUUGGCAGGUAAGUGGCUGGUCGGCCUAUGGCUUUGAACUUUAUAGUUUAAAUUUUCGGAUGGCUGCUGCAUUUUUAAUUGCAUGUCAUGUACGUUCUUCGAUACAUGUAUGUACGUUGAAAUAGCU